AUGCGCAUCAAAGUGGAAGUUAUCCUUACCAGUGGCUCCGACGGAGUGUUCCACCCUGGCCAGGAAGUGGUUGGCGAGGUGCUUGUUGGAUUAACCAAAACGAUUAAGGUUACACGCGUGAAAUUGGUGGUAUGUGGCUUGGGACUGACGGAGUGGAAUGAGGUCGACGGAAGAAGUGCACGGUUCCUGACGUUGGAGCAGUUCUUUUUUCAGGCGAAUGACACCGCUUCCAGUACCACGUACAGUGGCAGAGAGCGCUACAUGUACUCGGAGCUGGUCCUCAGUCAGCCCAAUGACUUUAUGACAGCUGGUGGUUACUCGUAUGGAUUCGCUUGUCCGCUUCCGGUUACACUGCCUGCUUCAUUCGAAGGAAACGAUGGUUCCAUUCGGUAUUCUCUUACGGCCAUUUUGGAACGGCCCUGGAAACGCUCAAAAUCACAUUCACUUAACUUUCAAGUCACGCGUCAAGUAAGCCUCAACGAUGAUCACCUUGUGCCACUGAAGGCCAACUAUACCAAAACGCUUGGAUGUUGGCCAUGUCUCGCCGGUGUCUCGCUUUCCAUGUCGGUACAGUUGCCAACCAACGGAUUCGUUCCGGGACAGAUAAUUCCGGCGCUAAUCAUCGUUACCAGCAGAAGAAACGUCAAAAUUCGCAAAGUCAUAACAACACUAAGACAGCAAACGACGUACAGUGCACAGUCGCCCAAACGGCGCCAGCGAAUCGAAACUACCGUCAUCUGUCAGAACGUAUCGCCGGGAAUUACCCUCCCGGAAGGGGGUGUCCUGGCCGAGGAUAACCUGCAAGUGCCUUGCUUGCUGCCGUCGACCAGCAGCAAACAUUCGAAGCUCAUCAAGGUGGCGUACGAGCUUAGGGUGAGCAUGGAAAUCGACACGUGUUUCCUGCAGGACCCCUGCGUCACCCUAGCCAUUCCGAUCGUAAUCGGAACACUGACCGAGCAAGACGGUGCGGAACUGUCCGACAACGAAUCCGUGCACGUAUGGUCGCUGCAGUCGGAAAACUAA